CUGUCUGGGGGAGCACGUGACGUGGCCCUGGAGCCGGAAGCUACCUAUCUGGUAGGGAGCUCCUCAAGCACCUAAGGCUGCGAUGACUUCUGCACUGACCCAGGGGCUGGAGCGAAUCCCAGACCAGCUCGGCUACCUGGUGCUGAGUGAAGGUGCAGUGCUGGCGUCAUCUGGGGAUCUUGAGAAUGACGAGCAGGCAGCCAGCGCCAUCUCUGAGCUGAUCAGCACGGCCUGCAGUUUCCGGCUGCACCAUGGCAUGAAUGUACCCUUCAAGCGCCUGUCUGUGGUCUUUGGAGAACACACGCUGCUGGUGACCGUGUCAGGACAGAGGGUAUUUGUGGUGAAGAGGCAGAACCGAGGCCGGGAGCCCAUUGACGUCUGAGCCUGCCAGAUGGCAAGGGUCGAAGUGGAUUGGGCCCAUGGGCCUCUGAUGAAAGAGGCACAAACGUUCUUCACCUCUUCCUUGGCUUGGUGCUAGAACUAAGGCCUUCUGCUCACCCACCAACCCCACUCACCUGGAGAGCAAAGGCUUGGGAACUUUGCACUAUGUUGAGGAGAAGGUGGGCAAGGGGAAUUCCCUCUUCCCUCCCUCCCUCCUAAUAAACAUGAGUCUGAUGUUCCCAG